UCUCGUCGCAGCUAGUCGGCAGGCUAAGGCACCUGCACCGCUUGAACCUGCCUGAGAGGCGGAGCGUCCCGGAUAUGCCAGGGGAUUGUAGAGAACCCACACCUAUUCGAAGAUCAUAAGAGCACUCCCGGGGACCCAGCUCGGCGAAGCCCGCCAGGACUGCGGGCGAACGUACGCGGCUCCGGUUCCCCCGCCCGGGCCGGGCUCGGGUUACACUCUGGGAGAGGCUCCGCAGCAGCUCCCUAGCUAGGGGGCGCCCCGGUGGGCUCCCGCGUUAGGGGUCGCAGGAGCGGCUCUGGCAUCAUCUCGAAGCUGGCGAAGCGGGAAGAGUCCCGUGCCAGGGCUGCCCCCAAAGAGCUCUUGGCGGGGGGUGGGGGUGAGGUUAUCCCCCGCCCCUCCCACCGUCUUCCCCUCCCCCGCAGGGAUCCGGGACCCGCGCCUGCGAAGAGGACAGGGGCUGCGGGGAGGGGCUGUGUCGGGAGCGGGCAGGAUCGGAGGCCGGGAGGUGGGGCGGGCCCGAGCCGGAGUCCUGAGUCCCUGCGGCGGGUGGCGGACGGAGAAAGGGGUGGUGCGACCCUCUGUCCCCGCCCCGGGGGCGGAGCCCAGGUCCCAGGCUGCGGAGCGCCGGACUCACCGAAAUCCGCCCGGGGCUCCCUGCGCGGCUCCCACCGCCCGGCACCCAGAUUCGGGGAGACCGGCCCCCCGCCCCCGCGCCCCCCCAGGUCCUGCGGCCCUCGGCCCCUGCGCAGGUGCAGGUGCGGCUUCCCCGCCCCUUUCACCCAGGCGCACCUGCAGCGGCGGCCAUGGCGAGAGGGGACGCCCCGCGGGACAGCUACCACCUGGUCGGGAUCAGCUUCUUUAUCCUGGGUCUGGGCACCCUUCUUCCCUGGAACUUCUUCAUUACCGCCAUCCCGUAUUUCCAGGCGAGACUGGCAGGAGACAGCAACAGCACAGCCAGGACCCUGAGCACCAACCACACGGGCCCCGAGGAUGCCUUCAACUUCAACAACUGGGUGACGCUGCUGUCCCAGCUGCCCCUGCUGCUCUUCACCCUUCUCAACUCCUUCCUGUACCAGUGCAUCCCGGAGACGGUGCGCAUUCUGGGCAGCCUGCUGGCCAUACUGCUGCUCUUUGCUCUGACGGCAGCGUUGGUCAAAGUGGACAUGAGCCCUGGACCCUUCUUCUCCAUCACCAUGGCCUCCGUCUGCUUCAUCAACUCCUUCAGUGCAGUCCUGCAGGGCAGCCUCUUUGGGCAGCUGGGCACCAUGCCUUCCACCUACAGCACCCUCUUCCUCAGCGGCCAGGGCCUGGCUGGGAUCUUUGCUGCCCUUGCCAUGCUCCUGUCCAUGGCCAGUGGUGUGGACACCCAGACCUCCGCCUUGGGGUACUUCAUCACACCCUGUGUGGGCACCCUCAUGUCCAUUGUGUGUUACCUGAGCCUGCCUCACCUGAAGUUUGCCCGCUACUACCUGGCCAAGAAACCGUCCGAGGCCCAAGCUCAGGAGCUGGAGACCAAAGCUGAGCUCCUCCAUUCUGAUGAGAAGAAUGGGAUUCCCAACAGUCCCCAGAGGGUAGCUCUGACCCUGGAUCUUGACCUGGAGAAAGAGCUGCAACCGGAGCCAGAUGAGCCCCAGGAGCCAGGAAAGCCUUCAGUUUUCAUUGUCUUCCAGAAGAUCUGGCUGACGGCGCUGUGCCUUGUGUUGGUCUUCACAGUCACCCUGUCCGUCUUCCCCGCCAUCACAGCCAUGGUGACCAGCUCCACCAGUCCCGGGAAGUGGAGUCAGUUCUUCAACCCCAUCUGCUGCUUCCUCCUCUUCAACAUCAUGGACUGCCUGGGACGGAGCCUGACGUCUUACUUCCUAUGGCCAGACGAGGACAGCCGACUGCUGCCCCUGCUGGUCUGCCUGCGCUUCUUGUUCGUGCCCCUCUUCAUGCUGUGCCACGUGCCCCAGAGGUCCCGGCUGCCCAUCCUCUUCCCACAGGAUGCCUACUUCAUCACUUUCAUGCUGCUCUUUGCCAUUUCUAAUGGUUACCUGGUUUCCCUCACCAUGUGCCUGGCACCCAGGCAGGUGCUGCCACACGAGCGGGAGGUGGCUGGUGCCCUCAUGACCUUCUUCCUGGCCCUGGGACUUUCCUGUGGAGCCUCCCUCUCCUUCCUCUUCAAGGCGCUGCUCUGAAGCAGUCCCUCCAAGCUCUUUGGCAGCCUCUUCUCGACAUCUCCUUCCGGAGCUGAGAUCCAGCCCAGGGCGAAUGGAAAGCUUGGCUCAGGCUUCUGCUGGGUGGGGGACCGUAGGUCUGGGGCUGCCAGCAGGGGCCAGGAGCUGCUCUCCAUCCCUUGGAGUGCUGUGGGGAAGAAUUCACCCUGGGUCAUUCUAACCCUCACCCAGGAAUGGAGGUGACUCGCACAAGACCUCAUGGAAAGGGUGAUGACCAGGGACAAGUGGGAGCAGGGCACAGCUGCUCCCCACCACCAGCUCUGCCUAUGUUCAUCAUCACCAGGAGCAGAGGUGACCUGAGGGUUCAGAGUGGGAGGUGGGGCCAGUCCAGGGCAGGAGCUCCUCAUCCUCCCAGGCUUCAGCAACCCAGGGUAAAAGGUGCUGGGGACAUUGUGAGGACCUGGGAGGAGGAACAGCUGUUGAGGACCUGAGGGGGCUCAAAGCGCUAGGCUCAGCCUCAAGCAGUGUUUUCAUUGCCAACACUUACUGUCCCCACUCUUCAGAACCCAGCUGGGCCUGGACCCCAGAACCACAGCUAGCCUGCAUGUGUGCACUGCACUUUACAGUUUGCAAAGCUCUUCCAUACCCACUCUCUCACUGAAGCCUAAUUGAGGCCCUUGGAAGGAGCUGGACAAGGAUUGUGCUUCCCCCAUUAUACAGGGGAGGAAACUGAGUCCUGGGGGAAGUGACUGGUCCGUGGUAGAGCUGGGGACUCAGCCCCAUCUCCCUCCUCCCUGUAGGUGCUGUUCUUCCUGCCCAACACCUGUUUGUGUUUCCCUCAAGGGGUUCGGAGCAGGAGCUCUGGGCUUACUCCCCUUUUUGCUGUUUCUCUUUCUGUGGACCCUGCUCCUGGGUCUAAUAACAACCCCAUUUAUUUGUA